UCAACAACACCAGAGACUGAAGGGCAGUGCCUGCUUUGUCAUUUUCUUGUUACGACAAAGUUUGAUGUUGCCUCAAAAGGGAGACUGAGACAAAUCCUGGCCUGAGCAAAAGAUCAAUCAAGAGCUGCUUCCAUUGGUAGUAUGAAAUGGUUCACCACAGGAAAAAAUUUUACCUGGUGGCCACUAUUUCCCUUGCCAUCAUUGUAAUAAUGAUCUCCUAUAUCGAGAGAAGAAUUCUUCCUUUCAUUCCAUUGGUGAAGAAGAACCUUUGCCAAGGGAUUCCAGCUGAUAACACCAUCACACCAUUAAAAGAUAACAGAACUUUUAUAAUCGCUCCAUACUUUGACAACAGAAAGAACAAAAUGACACGAGUGAUUGCAAUAGUCCACCACAAAGAUGUCAAGGAACUUUAUUGCUGGUUCUGCCACCCAUCCAAUGACAAAAUACACAUUUCCAAGGCUGAAAUAGAUGUCCAUUCUGAUAGAUUUGACUUCCCAUAUGGUGCCACAGACUUGCACUGUCCAGAACCGGAAGACUGGGAACCACACUAUGUGUCAAUACAUUGGUCUCCUAAUGGGAGUAUCAAUCAUCUGCCACUUUUUGAAAUAAAAAACCGUGAACCUGAAGGUUCUCCAGUGGAAUUCACAGUCUGCAUCUCCACCAUGUUUGGAGAGUACAACAACAUCCUGCAGUUUGUGCAGAGCAUGGAGAUGUAUAGAAUCCUCGGGGUGGGCAGAGUGGUGAUCUACAAGAACAGCUGCAGCCCACUGAUGGAAAAAGUGCUGGAUUUUUAUAUUGCAGAAGGAGUUGUUGAGAUCAUCCCCUGGCCCAUUGAUUCAUACCUCAAGGCCGCUUCUCGUUGGCGUUACUCAAAGGAUCCCAAAGACAUUGGCUACUAUGGCCAAAUCACAGCCUUAAAUGACUGCAUCUAUCGCAACAUGUACAAGAGCAGAUAUUUAAUGCUAAAUGAUAUGGAUGAAAUUAUUCUACCAAUAAAAUAUGCAAAUUGGAAAACCAUGAUGCAGAACCUUCAGGAACAACAUCCUGGCGCUGCCGUUUUCCUCUUUGAGAACCACAUUUUCCCUAAAACUGUAUUCACUCUUAAUGAUCCAUUCAACUUUUCCUUUUGGAGAGUGACACCUGGAGUUAACAUUCUGCAGCACAUCUUCCGGGAACCUGAUCGGAAGCAUUUGGUCAAUCCUUGGAAAAUGAUUGUUAAUCCAAGGAAAGUGGUCCAGACAUCUGUCCAUUCUGUUCUCCAGGCCGAUGGAGACAGAGUUCAUGUUCCAAUGGAUGUUGCCUUUGUCUAUCAUUGUCGCACUCCCCUACAACCAAAGCUAUCUAGAGAAUCCCUCAUUAAGGACACAACACUCUGGAGAUACAAUGUCACACUAAUUAGGAAUGUCAGCAAAGUUCUACAACAGAUAGGAUUGUAAGCAAGAACGAACAGCUGAGAAAGAUCUGAUGUUUGUGACCAUUGCUGGACAAUUCUGUCACUUGCAAAAAAGAGGGGGGGGACAGAGUCCCUCACGGGAGAAAAAUGCACUUGACACUGUGCAGGCUAUUAGUCAAUUUAAAGUGCAAAAGUGCUAAUACAUUUUAUAUUACGAAUCUCAUGUACAAUAUACAGUAUCCCAAUACAAAAAGUACAAAAUUCUUCUUGUGUGCAUUUGCUACAACCUUGACAUAAUUCCGGAGGA